ACACAGCUUCUGCAGGACCAACCUCUGUCAGCAGCACUACCGCUGAAGUCACUUCAACAAGUACAGAACCUAGCACCACAAGUGAAACCAGCGCAACAACAAGCAGUACUGAAGCCAGCACAACAGCUACAGAAAGCACCACAGCUGUUCCAACAACUGUAAGCAGCACAAGUGAAGCCAGCACCUCUACAACUGAAGCUACAUUUACAUCCACAGUUGCAGACACAACAACCUCAAAAAUUGGCAGCACUGAGACCUUCACUGUCAGCAGCACUACCGCUGAAGUUACUUCAACAAGUACAGAACCUAGCACCACAAGUGAAACCAGCGCAAUAACAAGCAGUACUAAAGCCAACACAAAUGCUACAGAAAGCACCACAGCUGUUCCAACAACUGUAAGCAGCACAAGUGAAGCCAGCACCUCUACAACUGAAGCUACAUUUACAUCCACAGUUGCAGACACAACAACCUCAACAAUUGGCAGCACGGAGUCCUCCACUGUCAGCAGCACUACCGCUGAAGUCAAUUCAACAAGUACAGAACCUAGCACCACAAGUGAAACCAGCGCAACAACAAGCAGUACUGAAGCCAACACAACAGCUACAGAAAGCACCACAGCUGUUCCAACGACUGACAGCAGCACAAGUGAAGCCAGCACCUUUACAACUGAAGCUCUAUUUUCAUCCACAGUUGCAGACACAACAAUCUCAACAAUUGACAGCACAGAUUCCUCCACUGUCAGUAGCAAUACCGCUGAAGUCACUUCAACAAGUACAGAACCUAGCACCACAAGUGAAACCAGCGCAACAACAAGCAGUACUGAAGCCAGCACAAAUGCUACAGAAAGCACCACAGCUGUUCCAACAACUGUAAGCAGCACAAGUGAAGCCAGCACCUCUACAACUGAACUUACAUUUACAUCUACAGUUGCAGACACAACAACCUCAACAAUUGGCAGCACGGAGACCUCCACUGUCAGCAGCACUACCGCUGAAGUCACUUCAACAAGUGCAGAACCUAGAACCACAACAGACACAACAACCUCAACAAUUGGCAGCACGGAGACCUCCACUGUCAGCAGCACUACCGCUGAAGGCACUUCAACAAGUACAGAACCUAGCACCACAAGUGAAACCAGCGCAACAACAAGCAGUACUGAAGCCAGCACAACAGCUACAGUAAGCACCACAGCUGUUCCAACAACUGUAAGCAGCACAAGUGAAGCAGCAUACAGAAGCUACAUUUACAUCCACAGUUGCAGCACAACAACCUCAACAAUUGGCAGCACAGCUGUCAGCAGCACUACCAAGCCACUUCAACAAAUACAGAACUUAGCACCACAAGUGAAACCAGCAACAAAAGAGCAAGUUCCACUGUCAGACACUACCGCUGAAGUCACAACCCAGCGCAACAACAAGCAGUCCAGCACAACAGCUUGCACUACUGUCAGCAGCACUACCGCUGAAGUCACUUCAACAAGUACAGAACCUAGCACCACAAGUGAAACCAGCGCAACAACAAGCAGUAUUGAAGCCAGCACAACAGCUACAGAAAGCACCACAGCUGUUCCAACAACUGUAAGCAGCACAAGUGAAGCCAGUAUAUCUACAACUGAAGCUACAUUUACAUCCACAGUUGCAGACACAACAACCGCAAGAAUUGGCAGAACGAAGUCCUCCACUGUCAGCAGCACUACCGCUGAAGUCACUUCAACAAGUACAGAACCUAGCACCACAAGUGAGACCAGCGAAAAAACAAGCAGUACUGAAGCCAACACAACAGCUACAGAAAGCACCACAGCUGUUCCAACGACUGACAGCAGCACAAGUGAAGCCAGCACCUUUACAAUUGAAGCUCUAUCUUCAUCCACAGUUGCAGACACAACAAUCUCAAAAAUUGGCAGCACAGAUUCCUCCAUUGUCAGCAGCAAUACCGCUGAAGUCACUUCAACAAGUACAGAACCUAGCACCACAAGUGAAACCAGCGCAACAACAGGUACAGAAAGCACCACAGCUGUUCCAACAACUGUAAGCAGCACAAGUGAAGCCAGCACCUCUACAACUGAAGCUACAUUUACAUCCACAGUUGCAGACACAACAACCUCAACAAUUGGCAGCACGGAGUCCUCCACUGUCAGCAGCACUACCGCUGAAGUCACAACAAGUACAGAACCUAGCACCACAAGUGAAACCAGCGCAACAACAAGCAGUACUGAAGCCAACACAACAGCUACAGAAAGCACCACAGCUGUUCCAACGACACUACCAGCACCUUUACAACUGAACACAGAUACUGUCAGUAGCAAUACCGCUGAAGUCACUUCAACAAGUACCAGCACCACAAGUGAAACCAGCGCAACAACAAGCAGUACUAAAGCCAGCACAAAUGCUACAGAAAGCACCACAGCUGUUCCAACAACUGUAAGCAGCACAAGUGAAGCCAGCACCUCUACAACUGAACUUACAUUUACAUCUACAGUUGCAGACACAACAACCUCAACAAUUGGCAGCACGGAGACCUCCACUGUCAGCAGCACUACCGCUGAAGUCACUUCAACAAGUACAGAACCUAGCACCACAAGUGAAACCAGCGCAACAACAAGCAGUACUGAAGCCAGCACAACAGCUACAGAAAGCACCACAGCUGUUCCAACAACUGUAAGCAGCACAAGUGAAGCCAGCACCUCUACAACUGAACUUACAUUUACAUCUACAGUUGCAGACACAACAACCUCAACAAUUGGCAGCACGGAGCCCUCCACUGUCAGCAGCACUACCGCUGAAGUCACUUCAACAAGUACAGAACCUAGCACCACAAGUGAAACCAGCGCAACAACAAGCAGUACUGAAGCCAGCACAACAGCUACAGAAAGCACCACAGCUGUUCCAACAACUGUAAGCAGCACAAGUGAAGCCAGUAUAUCUACAACUGAAGCUACAUUUACAUCCACAGUU